CCGUAAGGUUCACGUGUCUAUGAUUGUAUCUAGGAAGUAGUCACGGCAACGCACCGGCUGUAGUGUGACUCUUAAUAUUAUAUAUUUAUUGUUUCUGUCUUUUAUCUGUAACAAAGAGAGAGAAGAUGGGUGAUGACGAGAAAUUUGAUGGGAUGUUGCUGGCGAUGGCGCAGCAGCAUGAAGGAGGCGUUCAGGAGUUGGUGAACACAUUCUUCAGUUUUCUUAGGAGAAAAACAGAUUUCUUCACAGGAGGAGAGUCUGGAGCACCCGAGAAGUUGGUUAAAGAGGCCUUUGCUCAUCACAAUCAACUCGCUCAGAAAGCCCAGAAAGAGAAACAGUCCAGACAAGAAAAGGAGAAAAAGGAGAAAGUGGAGAGAGCUGCUAAACUAAAGGAAGAGGAGAGAAAGAUCAAACAGACUUCAGAGGAGCCCAGAAUCAAAGAACUUACAGAUGAAGAAGCUGAAAGACUCCAGUCACAAUUAAAUCAAACAAAACAAGAGGAAAAGAAAGAUUCAGAAGUAGCUGAGAAAGAUGAUGCCUCGGAGAAAGCCGAUAAAAAAGGGUCUGACUCGGACGGAGAGGAGGAUGAAAAAGACAAGAUCAAACCAAAUGCUGGAAAUGGAGCAGAUCUUCCAAACUACAGGUGGACUCAAACUCUCUCUGAAGUGGAUCUCUUAGUGCCUUUUGAUGUGAACUUCCGUAUGAAGGGCAAAGAUGUUGUGGUGGACAUCCAGAGGCGUUCUCUGAAGGUCGGUCUAAAGGGUCAUCCGCCUGUGAUUGACGGACAGCUGUUCAAUGAGGUGAAGGUGGAAGAGAGCUCUUGGCUCAUUGAGGAUGGAAAAGUAGUCACAAUCCAUUUUGAGAAGAUCAAUAAAAUGGAGUGGUGGAAUAAGUUGGUGACCACAGACCCUGAAAUCAACACCAAAAAAAUCUGCCCUGAGAACUCUAAGCUGUCUGAUUUGGAUGGGGAGACACGCAGUAUGGUGGAGAAGAUGAUGUAUGAUCAGAGGCAGAAGUCUAUGGGGUUGCCAACUUCUGAAGAGCAGAAGAAACAGGAUAUCCUGAAAAAGUUCAUGGCUCAGCAUCCUGAGAUGGAUUUCUCCAAAGCAAAGUUCAGCUGAGGGGUCUGUGACUUUGUAAACAUCACUACACAUUGUUCAGAUCUCUGCUUCUAAUCAGUUAGACCCGUUGUCAGGGUAACACUUUACAGUAAGCUUUUAUUUGUUAAUAUUAGUUAAUUGCAUUAGUUAAUAUGAACUAACAAUGAUAACGGGAUGUUCAGAGCUUACCAAACGUUGUUCAAAUGACUACAUUUUAAACUAAUGUGGACAAAGGUUAAUAAAUGCUGUAAAAACUGAUUGCAAAUAUGUUAGUUUGUGUUAGCUAAUGUUCAUGUUUAUUAGUAAUCUUAAUAAAUAGGACUUUAAUGUAAUGUGUUACCCUUUUCAGUUAUGACUGUAAGAAUAAUGUCACUGUCGUGAUGAAGAAAGUGUUAUAAUGCUUCAUGCAUCAUGUCUUGCGUUUGUUGGUUUUGUGUUUUUUUAAUAAAUCAUUUCAGACCCA